AUGACCGGAGUCCUCUCUGAAAAAAAGUUUUCUAACGUUUCAUCCCACUUGCUUGGCUCAUCGGUGUUCGAACAAGCAUCCGAAACAGACUUACAUACCCUUCCGGAUUCUGAAGUCGCUGGUAUGAGUUACUAUACCGGCCACACGUCGCAUAGCCACCAGGACUACUACCAGCCAUAUUCUCAGUCGAUGAGUCCAUAUUCCUAUCAGCAGUACAAUCCGAACGGAUUAGGAGCAUCAGGUGGUUAUCCCAUGAAGACGGAGUAUCCUUAUUCUCAUACGUACAGACAAUAUGGACAUUACUGUAGGGAAAUACAGACAACCCAAGACACAGUGAAAGAAGAACCGGAACCUGAAGUGCGAAUGGUCAACGGAAAACCGAAGAAAAUUCGCAAGCCACGAACCAUCUAUUCCAGUUACCAGCUGACGGCUUUACAGCGGCGCUUCCAAAAGGCACAGUAUCUGGCCCUACCGGAACGGGCAGCGCUUGCGGCGCAGCUUGGGGUUACCCAGACACAGGUCAAGAUAUGGUUCCAGAACCGCCGGUCGAAGUUCAAGAAACUGUACAAAAACGGCGAGCUGUCGCUGGAUCACAGUCCGAAUGCCAGCGACUCAAUGGCGUGCAACUCGCCGCCCUCCCCUGCAACUUGGGAUUCGAGCGCACACGCUAACGCAGCCAACAGAGGGCAGAUUCCUCCACAGUCCCAUUCUUCUUCGCCGUCUUUUAUGGAUGAUUGCAGCCAUCACUAUCAGCAAGGCUCACAUUUAGGCGUUCAGCACCCGAACUCGGUGCACCAUACGCCCCCAUCUACGCAGAAUGCUUACUGACCCUGAUGGACGCUCUACAGUGAAUUUAAGAUCUACCAUGGCAUUGGACAAUUUUAAUUUCGUCCGUUGGAUGAAACUAAAAGAACGUUUA